UUGACUUUACCAGCUCAUCAAAGGAGUAUGAAACAGAUGUACAUUCAUACAUAAAUAAAUGAAUUCAUGAUGCUUCAAGGCUUUGAUAGUUUGUUAAAAUCUUGAUUUGGUUGAGAAUUGAUAAGUAGUCGCGAAUGGAGACUUGCAUGAAGUUUCUGUUUCUCGCUUUUGCCACUUUCUCCAUCAUACACCAAGUUCAGUCUCAGGAUCAACAAGGAUUCAUCAGUAUAGAUUGUGGAUUACCUUCCAAUGAGUCUCCUUAUGUCGAACCAGUCACCGAUAUCACUUACACCUCUGAUGCUGGUUUUGUCCACGGAGGAAAGACUGGUACCAUCAAAAAAGUCUCUGAGACAGACUUUAUCGCAAAACCAUAUAGGGUUUUGAGAUACUUCCCUGACGGAACGCGAAACUGCUACAGUUUGAAUGUCACUCAAGAUACAAAUUACCUCAUCAGGACAGUUUUUGUAUAUGGAAACUAUGAUGGUCUUAAUAUUUUCCCAAGAUUCGACCUCUAUCUUGGUCCUAAUAUUUGGAAAUCCCUAGAUCUGAGAAGAACAGGUUUUGGUGCUGUUGUUGAGGAGAUUAUUCACGUCACAAGAUCUAACAUAUUAGACAUAUGCGUUGUCAAGACAGGAACAAGUACACCACUUAUAUCAGCAAUUGAACUAAGACCUUUGCCGUACAAUACUUAUCCUGCACAAACCGGUUCCUUGAAGAAUUUAGUUCGCUACUACUUCACCACUUCUAACAAAACAAUACUUCAUCCCAAAGAUGUUCAUGAUCGUGUUUGGAAUCCGUACUUCCAGCCAGAAUGGACGCAUAUAGACACAACCCUCAACGUAAGUGACUCGUCUGGUGGCUAUGACUUGCCACAAGAUGUAAUUGCGACCGCAGCCACACCCACUAAUGCUAGUGAGCCAUUGAUCUUUACCUGGAAUUUGGAAAGCGCUGAUGAUGAAACUUAUGCUUACAUAUAUGUCGCCGAUAUCCAACAAGUGCGAGCCAAUGAAACAAGAGAAAUCGAAAUUGUGGGGAAUGGUAAAGUUAUUUUCCCACCUUAUCGUCCCAAGAAGUUUGAAUUUGAAGUAGGGAUGCUAACCAACACUGUACCACUAAAAUGUGAGGGAGGGGUAUGUCGAGUGCAGUUGUCAGAAACGCCGAGGUCGACUCUUCCACCCUUGAUGAAUGCCUUAGAGAUUUUCACGACCAUUGAGUUUCCACAAUCAGAAACAAACCAAAGCGACGUCAUUGCUAUUAAGACUAUCGCAUCUACGUACGGAUUGAAUAAAGUCAGUUGGCAAGGCGAUCCAUGUGUUCCUAAACAAUUCUCGUGGAUUGGUGUAGGCUGCAGUGUUAUUGAUAUUUCCACACCACCAAGAAUCAUAACAUUAGACUUGUCUGGAAGUGGAUUAAGUGGAGUUAUACCGCAUGGCAUACAAAAUCUAACCCAACUUCAAGAAUUGGACUUGUCAAAUAACAACUUAACUGGAGAAGUGCCUGAGUUUCUAGCCAAGAUGGACUCCUUGUUGAAAAUAAACUUAAAUGGAAACAAUCUUAGAGGUCCUCUUCCUCAAGCCCUUCUUAAUAGAAAAAAGGGAGGACUACAACUACAUCUUGAAGGAAAUAAAGACCUAUGUGUCUCAUGCCAUUCAAAAUUUCCGGUGGUAGUUGUCGUCGCAUCUCUUUGUUCUCUUGUGGCCAUUAUCAUAAUGGUGUUAGUUCCCGUCUUCAUUUUAAGAAGGAGAAAGACAUCAACUGGGAAAGUUAUGCGCCCAUCACUUGAAAUGAAAAACAGAAGAUUUACAUAUUCAGAGGUCAGAGAAAUGACGAAUAACUUUCAAGUUGUUUUGGGUAAAGGAGGCUUCGGUGUUGUUUGUCGUGGUUUUCUAAACAAUGAACAAGUAGCCGUAAAAGUUAUCUCACAUUCAUCAACUCAAGGCUACAAGGAAUUCAAAACAGAGGUCGAGCUUCUUCUAAGAGUUCACCACGUGAAUUUAGUAAGCCUCGUCGGAUAUUGUGAUGAAGGAAAUGACUUGGCUCUCAUCUACGAGUUCAUGGAAAAUGGGAAUUUAAGGGAACAUCUCUCAGGAAAACGUGGCGGCUCUUUUUUGAACUGGUCGAGUAGACUUAAGAUAGCUAUUGAGUCUGCGCUAGGGAUUGAAUAUUUGCAUAUUGGAUGUAAGCCGCCAAUGGUUCAUAGAGAUGUGAAAAGUACCAAUAUACUGUUAGGUCAACAGUUUGAAGCGAAACUCGCGGACUUCGGACUUUCCAGAUCUUUUCUAGUGGGAAGUCAAACUCACGUAUCAACAAAUGUUGCUGGAACUCUUGGAUAUCUUGAUCCUGAAUACUAUCAAAAGAAUUGGUUAACAGAGAAGAGUGAUGUUUAUAGUUUUGGGAUUGUGUUACUGGAGAUAAUCAGUGGCCAACCUGCGAUUGAACACUCACGUGAAAAUUCUUACUUAUCAGAAUGGGCGACGUCUAUGCUCGCGAAUGGUGAUAUUGAAAGUAUUAUGGAUCCGAAACUCCAUGGAGAUUAUGACACAGCUUCAUCUUGGAAAGCUCUUGAAUUAGCAAUGUCAUGCAUUAACCCUUCUUCUAGAGAGAGACCAAACAUGACUAGGGUUGCUCAUGAACUAAAUGAGUGUUUGGAAAUAUACGAGAACUUAGGUAAACGAAGGAGCCAAGAUGCAAAUUCAUCAAAGUCCAUGGUACAUAACAUAAGUUUCAUCAGUGAUAGUCCUUCAGCUCGUUAAUAUUUCCAUAUCUAUAUAUAUUCUUUUGAGAGAUACAGUACUCCACAGGUUGUGUGUAUUCAAAGUCUGUAAUGUGAAUAUUUUACAUGUGA